CGCGUCGCUCAUUUCUGAACCGCAGCGGACGUGCGGGCGGCGGGUGGAGGUCAGUCCUCGCUCUGCGACGGGGGCCCUGGGAAGACUUCCCAGCAAGAUGGCGGCCAGGCUGAUGCACCGCUGGUGUUGGCUUUACAGAACCGUCUCUCCCUUGGGCCACCAAGCGGGCCCGUUGUCCCAGGCCCCAUGGUCCAACAGGCCUCCCUUCGCCUUGAGGACCACUUACAACCUCUCGCAAGUGGCCGACCGCUUCUCCGUGAAGGAGCUGGAGAGCAAAACCCCGGAGAAGUCCCCCAGGUGGGAUGACCUCAUCAUGGUGUCAUCCAGCGUGGAGGAGCUCCUCGCUCCGGAACAUCUGCACGACAUCACCGGGAACCAGGCCGCCCUCCUGAUCACACGCUUAUCCCAUCUGGCCUCGCAGCUCAAACUGGACCAUAAGGAUAUCUUGAAGGAUAAACGUUUUCAACAGCUGCUCCAUCACACGUACAAGGAGGCCUCCCGGAUCCAUGACCCAGCAUUGAUCAACCUCCUCAAGAGCCUUUACUUUUUGGGGGUCAGCCCCCAGCAGAAGGAGUUGUGCUCGGCCGAGCUGGAGCUGCGCUGGCGCCUACGCGGACUCUCCUACCGGCGCCUGGCUUCACUGGCCGCUUCCCUGGCUGCCUACGUCCCUAGGGAGAAACCCCACGAGCUGCUGACUGAGCUUUUGGCCCAGCUGGAGAUGCGUUGGGCCGAGAUUGAAGAUGCCCACACCAUUGCCUUGCUCAUGGCCAAACAGGAAUACCUCUCGCCACAACUCCGGGAGCGGCUGGAGGAUAAGAGCCUGGAGCUAGCUGCCCACUUCUCUCCCGAGGACAUCCGGAGGCUUGCCGUCGUCUUAGCCCAACAAAAUCUCCGGUCUUUGCCGCUCCUUCGAGCCAUCAGCUACCAUUUUGUCCAGAAGCAUUUUGCUGUCAAGCCGGAUAUCCUCCUGGAUUUGGCGUUCGCCUUCGGGAAGCUGAAUUUCCACCAGACUCAGAUGUUCCAGAAGAUCUGCUCGGACCUCCUGCCGCAUGUCUCCGAGUUGCCUCCCACUGAUGUGGUCCGUUGUGUGAAGUCCUUCUCCUAUCUCAAAUGGUUAAACCUGCCGUUCUUCGAGGCCUCUGCGGAGUACUUCAUCCACAAUAGCAAGAAAUUUACUCUCAGCCAACUGGUUAAUCUUCUCAUUUCUUAUGCCCGCUUGAAUUUCCAGCCGAGCAACAAAGAGGACUUUUACACCAAGAGCCACCACAUCCUGGACGGUCAGCUGGGCAGUCUCAAUCCUUCCCUGCUGAUCGACCUGAUCUGGUCGUUAUGCGUCUUGCAGCAAGCAGAAGCGGCCCAUUUCCAGAUGGUUUUGCUGCCCAAAUUUUUCUCCAGUUUCUUUGGGAACUGGACGCCGGCCCGUCAGAACUCCUGGCUCAAACUCCUGCACAUCAACACCACGGCCCAGCUGGAAUCUCCGGGUUACGAUGGGCCCUACUUACCGCCGGAGAAGCUGACCCUCCAGGAUCUGGGGGUCAACCGGACCCCCACUCCUCUCCAGACCGACGUCAACGCCAUCCUCGCCAAGGUGGCCGGCAGCGAGGCAAAGGUCCAUUUCGACGUCUACACCCCCUUCGGCUGGAAGCUCGAUGCUGAGAUGAUUUUGGACUCUGAAAACAAUCCGCUCCCCGUGGCCGAACAGGAUGCUUUAUCCGUGGACCGACCUGCCAAAGAGUUUUUGGAGUCAGGGGUCAAAAGGGUGGCUUUCCUCCUCUGGGAGUUCCCCAACUUCAGCAGCCGAAGCAAAGACCUUCUGGGGCGCUUCAUGAUGGAGCGACGGCAUCUGCAAACAGCUGGCUUCGUGGUUGUUGAGGUUCCUUACCACGAAUGGUUCAACCUGAACACGGAGUGGAAGAAGACCCAGUAUCUCAAAGACAAGAUGCAGAAAGCGCUUGCCACAGACUUGGCGGGCUAGGGACUUUGCAACGGCGUGUAAAGUGCGAGGAAGUGAAAUCGGGUGGAAUUAAGAUGAUUAUUUUGUACAGAAUCGGCUUCUCUUUCUGGGCUUCCUGGAUUUGGGGGGUUCGAAAAGUCUCCUCGGAGUGAGGAGAAAGGGAGAGUGGGGCCAUCCUCGACUUACGACCAUCCGUUUAGCAGCCGACAUCACAACGGCCCUCGAAACUGAGACUUUAGGACCGUUCCUCACACUUAUGACCAUGGUCACCAAAUUGGGGAAGCUCGGCGGCUGGCACGUAGUGCUACUCCUCCUCUUCCGACCAUCACGGAGCUCACAAAUUUUGGUUGUAAACAAGACCUUCCGGCAAAUAUUGCCUCGUUUUAUGACAUUUUUUGCCAUGGUCAUGAAGCAAAUCGGCACUUUUUUAAAGGGAGCCACAUGAUCGUAUGUUGACUUUGGUCACUGAAAGAGGAUGCGGGAGGCCAGGAUGUCAUGAAUACGAGCCGAUCGCCAAGCGUCCGAAUUUGUGACAGUCGUUAAGUGCGAGCAACAGUCCCUUUUCCCAGUGCCGUUGUAACUUGGAACGGUCAUUAAACAAACUGUUGAGAGUUCUCUGGAUUUGGGACGCUUGGCCUCCGACUCACAUUUAUGAUGGUUGCAGGGACUUAGGGCCGUGUUUCACACUUAUGACCGUCACAGCGUCCCCUUGGUUUCAUGAUCCAAACUCUGACGUCUGGCAGCUGACUCGUAUUUAUGACAGGGGUAACACGAUCCUUCUGCAACCACCUGAUGAGCGAAAAUCAACGGAUAAGACGGAUUCACUUAGUGUCUGUGUGACUCACUUAACAACUGGGCCAGAAAGGUUCUAACUUGGGACAAAAUUCACUUUGAACAACCAUCUCGCUUAGUGGCCGAAACGUUGGGCGCUUUUUAUGGUCGUAAGUCGAGGACUAACCUAUUUGUUUUGCCUUUGUGGCUGAAAAGGCUCCGAGUUCAAAUUUCUCCACUUUACAAUUUGAAUAUAAAUCUGGAAUGUG